AUGCUAGGGGCCUUCAUCGGCUCUGUGUUCUCCAAUAUCACACCCGAGAAGCCCGUGAAACCCCGUACUCCGCCCCGUCAACAGUGGGACUGGCAUGCUACCACGCUGAACCCGUACUACGAGGCCAACCCGCUGAGCCGUAUGAUCUCGGACGACCGGUUCAUCCUGCACACCCUGUCACGCUGGCACUUCGGCGCCGACGACACGGGCGACCUGAUGAACCCGGCCAACGCCGACCACCUGAUCGAGGUCACCGGCGCCGGGGUCAACCUGGUGACGGCCGACGGCAGCGUGGACUGUCAGGGCGAGCCGGCCGAGCAGGAGCGGAUAGUGGCCGGCCUGCACCUCUGCGAGGUGUGGUGCGCCCUGCGUGCCCUCCAGCCCGGCGGCACGCUGGUCGUCAAGAUGUUCACGUUCUACGAGUCCGGCUCCGUGUGCCUGCUGUUCCUGCUCAGCUGCUGCUUCGCCGAGGUGAGCGUGGUCAAGCCGUCGUGCAGCAAGUCGGGCAACUCGGAGGUGUACGUGGUGUGCCGACGGCUGGCGGCGGGCCCGCUCAGCGGCGGCCACCUGGAGCGGUGGCGGCGGCGCUACGGGGCCGACGGCCGCCAGCCGCUCUUCGCUCGACACCACGUGCCCGACACGUUCAUCCAACAGCUUGUGCAGUGCGCCAGGCUGUUCAAGACGUCACAGGAGGCGGAGAUCGCUCGGAACCUGCAGCUGCACGAGCGGGGGCGGAUGGCG